AUGACAAACUAUUCCAAGUGGGACAAGUUUGCAGCAGACCUGGCAUCAGACACUGAAGAGGAAGAGGAGAAACAACUGGGGGACUACACCAGCAAGAAAGCCUGCUUUAUCCACGUUCCCCCUGGCGACUUCACGCGGAAAGAGCAGCUCUGUGAGAUGCUGGAGGAAGACCCUGACUUUGAGGCUCCCUCCUCUACUGCUGCUGGCAUUGUGUCGGAGGGUGAGCAGCCAGAACCAGGGGUGAUGCGAGCUUUGGAAAAGUACAAGUGGUCCUCUGUUACUUCGUCAUUCAUUCCAGGAUACAAUCCUGGGGGUGGCAGCGACGAUCUAUGGCGUCUAUUUUUUGACGACAACUUCCUGACCAGCCAGAAGGAACCGAACCGCGCUGCCCGUGCUCUCUUAGGAGUUGAAGGCCGGCCCAUUUUCGAUCCGAUGGUGGGAGCCUUUGAAAAUGGGCUCCAUCGUGACACGUUGCGAAGCUCCGACAGCUUGCGCCUUGCUGUCUACACCGAGAACAUCGGAGGCUAUGAUGCUGUGAGAAUGGACAACAUCGCCCGUGUUCCCACAGGGAUGAAGGCAUUCUACUUCCUGGAUGAGGAAACCAUGAAGAAGAAUAAGAGAGCAUUGGAGAAGUGGCAAGAGAAUGGCUGGACAAUUCAGCCAUACAAAAUGGUUGAAGGAACCAAGUACAUCAAUGCACUCAGGCUCACAACUAAGAAACUGAAAUUCCAAGCACCCAGCUUCCUGACUGACGGCAAGAAAUUUGAUUGGUUGAUCCACCACGAUGCCAAUAUCCGAAUGAAUUUGGAGAGAAUGGCCACUUUCUUGCGGGCAAGGCAAGAAUCGGCGUUGGUCUUGCUGGACUAUUGCUAUGAGUAUCCUCAGUGUUGUGGAGAAGGUCGUGGAAUAGAGUGCUUCAAACACAGCACUGGCUUUUACAUCAAUCAGGCUCCACUGCUAACUCCAGAAAAGAUUUCCACCUCCUUGGACAAGAUGAAAUCCUGGAGGGACUUUGUCAUGGCAAAGAUCAAGAAGAAGCAGAUGUCGAUGCCGCACUUCUACAAGUUGAACGUGAUGAUCCGCAAUCUACAACACAAAAAAGCGGCCCAGGUGAAGGAUGCCUUUGACAAGGUCUAUCAGAAAAGUCAUGAGAUGCAGCGCGAUCAGCCCAUUUUGCCCGUCUAUUUGGCAGACCACAACUUGACACAAGACAUUGCAGUGGUGUCCCGCUACAAAUCCCUGGGCAGUUUUGUGGUCUCCUGCGUGAACAGGGGCACAGGGAUUGAACGGCCCAUCAGUCGCAAGGAGGUGGCCGAUCUCAUCAUGCGGCGACAACAGGGCGGCGAUGCAGAGAGGAUCAGCAGAGAGCAUGAGGACCAAAGGGCUCGCAUGGAAGCCUUCUCCAAGUUGGAAGCUCAGGGACUCACCAUGGUGGGUCCAGCCAUGCCGUGCUAUUUGGGCUCAGCAUCUGCAGGUCUUCAGACGCCGGGGUAUCGCCCCAGACGUGCUAGGGAAAUGAUGAGUAUCGGAAAGCCCGAAGUGUCCCAAGACAGCGAGGCCUUUAAGACCCGACCUUUUGUGGAUGGCGCCAAGACACUGAUUGGUGGACAGGUCAAACCUUGGGCUGGGAUCUCAGAAAUUUUCUCUCCCAUCUACUGCCAAGAGACAGGCGAUAGGAUUUGCAUAGGCAGACAGGCCACGAUGUCUCCAAAGGAGGCGAUGGAAGCGGUGCAGGCUGCCUCGAAGGCCUGGGACUUGGGCCGUGGCGAAUGGCCCCAAAGGACGCUACAGCAGCGAAUCUCCGCGGUGGAGAAGUUGGUGUCCAAGUUGAAGGAAAAACGCAUGGAAAUCGCGAAGGUUCUACAGUGGGAAAUCUGCAAGAACGAUGCCGACUCUGUCAAGGAGUUUGACCGCACCAUGGAUUUCGUUUCGGCCUUGAUCGACACCGCCCGCAAGCUCAACUCAGGGGGAGCCAUUUGCCAGGAGGGCAUUCAUGCCAUCUUGAAGAGGUCACCCAUGGGUGUGAUGAUGAAUCUGGGACCUUCCAACUACCCCUUCAAUGAAACCUAUGCCACUCUGAUUCCUGCCAUUUUGAUGGGCAAUUCCAUUGUGAUGAAGGUGCCCAACACAGGUGGUUUGGCGCACUUCUUGACCAUGGAGGCUUAUGCCGAAUGCUUCCCUCCAGGGGUGGUGAACUUCAUCUCCGGCCGUGGUCGCGACACCAUGCCGCCAUGCAUGGAAUCCGGUUUGGUGGACAUGUUUGCCUUCAUCGGCUCCUCCAAAGCAGCUGAUGCCUUGGUCAAGGCGUGCGCUUGGCAUGGCCAAGAAUCUCAUCCAGGGAGGAUGGAAAAAGAAGAUAUCAAAAAUCGUCAAAUCACACUGGUUCCAUGCCAGUGCUACUUUUGA